AUGAAGAAUACUCAAUCGAAAAGCAGGAUGAAUGAGAAGACGACGAAGAUUAAUCCGUUCGAUAAAUUACCAAGUGAAUUAAUCACAAAUAUUUUUACAAAACUCCCUGUAAAAAGCAUGUUAAAAGCAAGGUCAAUUUGCAAAGAAUGGAACUCCAUUAUUACCCAUCAAGAUUUCACCUCACUUCAUCUUCAACUUCAACCUCAACCGAGAAACCACUUCUUAUGCCGUCAAAGAGAGCAAGGAGCGUUAGCCAUUCGUCGAACCGAUUCCUUUACUCAAGUUGAUCAGCUCAUUACACCAGAAAUCUUCCAAGAUACUGUGGUUACCCGUGUUGCCAGUUAUGUUAAUGGGGUGUUACUAAUGUACACGACUAUUCCAAAACACGAAACCGACAACUCGGAAAUUAUACUGUGGAAUCCGUCUAUCCGAAAGAUGUUAGGAAUCCCAUGUUUUAUACCGGGAGGGUGGGAUUAUAGGGUCAAGUUUGGGUUCGGGUUCGAUUCCGUGAGUAGGGCUUACAAGGUAGUAUCCGUAUGUUCGGUGAGAUUCUUAUCAAGAACCAAGGUUUACAGCUUACGGAAUCGUUUGUGGUUAAACCCGAAACAGAGGAAACCUGCAAAUCCUGCUGUGUAUUUUAAUGUAUUCGCAAUGCCUAUGAAUUUUGACAACGAGAUUUAUUGGCUUGGAAGUGUGAAAAGUAGCAAUACAACAAAAUUGACGCAUUUUCUGUGUUUCGAUCUUGAUAAAGAGGCUUUUACUAGCAUGAAAUGUCCUGACAUCGAGGUCAAGGCUGAGGAGCGGUAUCUCAUGAGAUGCUCGGCAGUUUUGGAUAAUGCAUUGGCAAUUUUGGACUGCUAUGGUAAUCCUGAUGGACAACAUGGUAGUGUAUGGAAGGGAGUAAAGUCGAGUUCCGGUUCGGAUUUGGUUUGGACUAAACAAUAUAAAUUGGAUGUUACAAAUAAUGUUGCCCGGGGUUUGUCGCGUCAUAAGGUUGAGAUGUGGUUUCGUAACAUACCUAAGGGAUCGAUUUCGGACGACGACCUCGAAAAUCAUGAGGAUGAAUUGAAGGCGCUCUCUGAUGUUAUUUGGGUGAGGAUUAAGUUUCUUGAUAGGUAUGUGGAAAGCUUAGUACUCUUGCUUGAAGGAAAUAAUAUUGAGUGA